CUUAGCGGUUCUUGCUUGGCGACUUGUCGCCAUUAAGUUUGUGGGCUACGCAGUGGAUUUGGACUGUUGUUUUUAUUCCUGCCCUUACGCCCGGGGCUCAGUUCCCCUUUCUGACGCUGACUGCUUUCGGCAGCAGUCUUCUCUUUUUGCUUUCCGGCAUUUACUUCUUAUUUUAACUGUUCGCUUAGUCUAUUUUUCUUGUUUAUUUUCCUGUCGAGAUGUCGCCGUGAUGGAGUCUCCGAGUCUGAACGCCAUGAGCUUGGGCCCUCGACGCCUCGUCUGCGCUCGUAGCCACCCGUUCUCCUUACCCUUGUUUGACACUUUGGAUGCUAGAGAGUCCGGAACGGGCUUCUCUGGACUUCGGCUACCGGAACUACAGCAACUCAAUGGAGAAGAACGGCAACAGCACCAACAACAAACCGCCUCCCCGCUCCGGCUCUGCUGGGCCAGUGCCCGGGGAGUCUAAACCCAAAACAGAUGGAAAAAAUGGAACUGGAUCAAAACAACGUUACAACCGCAAAAGAGAACCCACCUAUCCAAAACCAGAGUACUUCUCCGGGCCGGUUCGCCGUCCCAACCCACAGAAAGGCAAGGCCUUUGACAAACGUCCUCCACAAAGGGGAGGGGCAAAUAGACAGUAUGGCUGCCCUGGAGGGGGCAGACGAGAAGAGGUAGCAGAGGUUCAACGGGCAGAAUUCAGCCCUGCUCAAUUUACAGGUCCAAAGAAGAUCAAUCUGAACCAUCUCCUGAAUUUUAGUUUUGAGCCUCGUGGACAGGGAAGCUCUGGCUCAGACUGCAAUGGAGGUUGGGGAAGGCGGAACAAGUGGGGUCACAAAAUGAAGCCUUUUAACAAGGAACUAUUUCUCCAGGCCAAUUGUCAGUUUGUUGUUUCUGAGGACCAGGACUAUACAGCACACUUUGCAGAUCCUGAUACUUUGGUCAAUUGGAGUUUUAUACAGCAAGUGCGUAUUUAUAGCCAUGAGGUACCAUCUUGCCCAAUUUGCCUAUAUCCACCAGUAGCUGCCAAGAUAACACGAUGUGGCCAUAUCUUCUGCUGGGCUUGCAUCUUGCAUUACCUUUCGCUUAGCGAGAAGACGUGGAGCAAAUGCCCUAUUUGCUAUGAGGCUGUUCACAAGACUGACCUAAAAAGCGUUGUUGCCAUGGAGACUCGUCAAUAUCAAACAGGUGACACCAUCACAAUGCAGUUGAUGCGGCGUGAGAAAGGAGUGCUUGUGGCCUUGCCUCACUCCAGGUGGAUGAAAGUGGAGGAGCCCAUCCACUUGGGAGAUGAUCUUCACAGCCAGUAUUCUAAGUUACUGUUGGCAUCUCAAGCUCAAGUGCUGCAACAGGUGGUGGAGGUGGAGAGAGCAUCACUUCAAAAGCAAUAUAUGGAGGAAGAACAUACUUUGGAAUCAUGCUUCGUAGAGUCUGCCCUGCUAGAGCUAAAGGAACGAGAGAAUGCCUUACUUGCUGCUUAUCCAAGUAAUGAAGUGGAUCUCAAACUGGAAGCACUGAAUAUAAAUCCUCCUUCCUUGGGAGUACUGCCUACCAAGGUAGAAUCUGACCAUGUUCCAGCUGCCAAGCCUGUCCUUCAGUAUUCUUCUGCUUUUGAUGAUGAAGUUGUUGAUCCUGUCUUUGAAGAGAACAUUUCAGAGGGUUUGUCCCAUUUGGAUCCCAAGUUGAUACCGGAGCCUGAGCUUAAACCAGUGCCAUGCUCUGUUGUAGAGAAGCAGUUGUGUGCUGAACAGUCUGAAUCUGUGUCUGACUCGAGUGUAAAUGUCCCGUACUACUAUUUCUACCAGGCUGAAGAUGGUCAACAGAUGUUCUUGCAUCCGAUUAACGUGCGCUGUCUAGUACACGAGUAUGGUUCCUUGGAGAAAAGUCCUGAAAAAAUUGAAGCUGUAGUUGUGGAAAUUGAUGGGUACUCCAUGAAUGAGGAAAUGCGUCGAAGACACCGCUACCUAUCUCACCUCCCAUUGACCUGUGAGUUCAGCAUUUGUGAACUGGCACUGCAACCCCCAUUACUGUCAAAGGAAACCCUCCUAACUUUUACAGAGGACAUGGAAAAGCGAAAACGAUUUCGUCAGAAGAAGGCUCGUGAUGAGCGGCGGAGGGAACGGAGAAUAGAAAUGGAGGAGAACAAGAAACAAGGAAAGUAUCCAGAGGUUCAUAUUGGUUUAGAAAAUUUGCAGCAGUUUCCAGCCUUUGGUUCUCCUUUAGACCACAGCAGCCACUCGAAUACAUCCUACCUUUCAAGCGGCAUAGCAUCAAGUCCUCCCUCAGACUGCCAAGUCCUCUUCCCAUGCUUAGGAAGUGGAAGCCCACAACAGUAUGGAAAGAGCUUGGAGGAAGAUGCCCACUGCCCCUCCUUUGCCCAGAUGCUGCGAGAAGGAAAGGCAAAAGCAGAUGGAUGGCCAAAAGCAGUUCCUAUAAAAGCUGAAUCCUUGCUUGCACCACCAGCCCCUGACAGUGAUGGGGAGAGUGAUGGGUCAGACCGAGCCCCUGUGCCCAGCUUUCAGAAUUCAUUCAGCCAGGCUUUUGAAGCAGCCUUACUUCAGUUGGACAAGAUUCCAGGACCACCACCAGGGCUUGUUGGAAAUGCAGGUGAGCAAAUUAUGUGAAAGAAGAAAAAGAAGCAAAAGCUCUUGUUUAGUACCUCUGUUGUUCAUACAAAGUAAAAGGCAAGACACUGUAGAGACCCCCAUCACCCUUUGUGCACAGAUAUUGGCAUCCUGGUUUUCAUUGCUGUUUUUUUUUUUUAAAUAUAUAUAUAAAUGUUCUUGAUUGAGUGCAAGGGUGACUUAUCAGAAAUGCAAAUCUUAUAAUUUGGGAAGUUGUGCUUGAUGAUGCAGCCAGGUCAGUUUUCUUUUUUUUUUUUUUUUUUUUUCGUCAUGUAGAAGAGCCUGUUAGUUAGGGGGGGGGGGGGGGGGGGUGUGUCUGACGUUUACUGCACACACUGCAGAACGCUCUUGUGGUCUGCUUCUUACUCACUUGAAGAAUCGGACUGUUUGCCCACUGACACUGCCAACUUGCCUGCCCCUCCACUCCGUCACUGCUGGGAUUCUUUCUCCCCCAUCCUGGAGACCACCAGAAUAUGCAAUAUAUGCCCCUGUUCAUGUGUGUGUUAGCCCCCCCCCCCCCCCCCCCCCCCCCCCCCCAAUCUUGGGGAAACUAGCAGUCUGUAAAGUAUUAUGGGGGACAUCUACUGCCAAAGCUAAGGUAAAAGAGCAUAUCAGAAUGUAGACCACCCACUAGUGGGGGCCCUCAGCUCCUUGAUUAGAUAAUUAUUGUUAGCAGUUUUUCUAGUAAAGUCUCUGAAUGGGGGGCUUCUAAGCUUGGCCUACCAUCCAAUUAUGAUGCUGAUAACCCCCACAUUUUGAUUUUGGCCUAUGUGGUACUGAAUCUACCAGCUAGAGCCCCUGCUGAUGGGACUGUCCUGGUUAGCCUCUGUUUCAUGUUGUAAUUGUUAAUGCUGAAGUGGGGAUCAUUUUGGCGAUUUCUUUGUAAUUCAUUUAAAAACUCUGAUGCACUCAAUUACUGUUAACAGUUUGACUGCAUUCCCACAGUUGUGGAAUUCAAAGCAAGAAUGAUGGGGGUCUGUGCACCCACCUACAUCUGUUGUGAUGACAGGAGUUUUUCCCUCUUUUGUGUUUUGUCUAAACCACUUAUUUAAUUUCUG